AAGAAGCGGAAGUCGCAUGUGCGGGAGGAGGCAGCAGUGAGCCGAGCCCCGAGUGGGGAGGUGGUGCAGGCCGGGAGGAAAAGCAGCCAAGAUGAAGGUGAAGAUGCUGAGUCGGAACCCGGACACAUAUGUCCGCGAAACCAAGUUGGACUUACAGAAAGUUCCAAGAAACUAUGAUCCUACCUUACAUCCUUUUGAGGUCCCACGAGAAUAUGUAAGAGCUUUAAAUGCUACCAAACUGGAACGGGUAUUUGCAAAACCAUUCCUUGCUUCCUUGGAUGGUCAUCGAGAUGGAGUCAAUUGCUUGGCAAAGCAUCCAAAGAGCCUGGCUACCGUCCUUUCUGGGGCAUGUGAUGGAGAGGUUAAAAUAUGGAACCUGUCUCAACGAAAAUGUAUCCGUACAAUACAAGCACAUGAAGGUUUUGUGCGUGGAAUAUGUACUCGCUUUUGUGGGACUUCUUUUUUUACUGUUGGUGAUGACAAAACUGUGAAGCAGUGGAAAAUGGAUGGACCAGGCUAUGGAGAAGAAGAAGAGCCAUUACAUACUAUAUUAGGAAAGACAGUGUAUACCGGAAUUGAUCAUCACUGGAAAGAACCUCUUUUUGCCACAUGUGGACAGCAAGUAGACAUUUGGGAUGAACAAAAAACCAAUCCUAUAUGUUCAAUGACCUGGGGAUUUGACAGUAUAAGUAGUGUUAAAUUUAACCCAAUUGAGACAUUUCUUUUGGGAAGUUGUGCUUCUGACAGGAAUAUAGUACUGUAUGAUAUGAGACAAGCCACUCCUCUGAAAAAAGUCAUCUUAGAUAUGAGAACAAAUACGAUCUGUUGGAAUCCCAUGGAAGCUUUCAUUUUUACUGCAGCAAAUGAAGAUUACAACUUGUAUACUUUUGAUAUGCGUGCACUGGACACUCCUGUGAUGGUCCACAUGGAUCAUGUGUCUGCGGUGCUUGAUGUGGAUUACUCUCCCACUGGGAAAGAGUUUGUGUCUGCUAGUUUUGAUAAAUCUAUUCGAAUCUUUCCUGUGGCCAGAAGUCAAAGCAGGGAAGUCUAUCACACAAAACGAAUGCAGCAUGUUAUCUGUGUAAAAUGGACUUCUGACAACAAGUACAUUAUGUGUGGAUCUGAUGAAAUGAACAUUCGUCUGUGGAAAGCUAAUGCUUCUGAAAAAUUGGGUGUGCUUACAUCACGAGAAAAAGCAGCCAAGGAUUACAACCAGAAGUUGAAAGAGAAAUUUCAGCAUUAUCCUCAUAUUAAACGGAUAUCUCGUCAUCGACACCUGCCAAAGUCUAUCUACAGCCAGAUUCAGGAACAGCGCAUCAUGAAAGAAGCUCGUCGCCGGAAGGAAGUGAAUCGUCUGAAGCACAGCAAGCCUGGAUCUGUGUCAAUUGUGUCAAAGAAGAAGAAACACAUAGUGGCAGUUGUGAAAUAAUACUUGGGAUUCCUACCAAUCCUGAGGCACCGUUAUUUGUCACUUUUGAGAGCUCUACAAAUAAAAGUACUCAGCUCUAGUUUAUUUACAAACAUUUCAGUUAUAUGGAUAGAGCUUUAUUGUUGCUCAUUUUAGCUACCCUGAAAAAUUAUCCUUAAAGGUGGCCUGGUUGAUAAGACUGUCUGUUUUAUCCUUAAUUUAUUUUCUUCUUUCACUGAAGAAGACGGUAUUUGCAAUGAUUUUUUUUUUUUCCUUUUGGGAGUUACAGAGAUACAUUUUCUUUCUGAUCUAUUGUUAUAAACAUUAUACAUUUGAAUUUACAUUUAAAACAU